AUGUCUUCGAACGGGUCGUCCGUGACCCUGCUCGACCUCCCCGUCGACCUAUUGCUCCUCAUAUUCCCCUACCUCGACGCGGCGAGCUUCCUUAGCCUGACCUCGACCUGCAGAGCGCUGCACAAUCCGGACUUUGUCGAAGAUGCCAUGUAUUGGAGUGAUCUCGUGCGCCAUCAGUUCCGCGUGCCGAACCAACCUGUGGUUCAAAACGAUGGUCGUAGAUGGAAGAGGCUCUACAAACGCAUGAGGACACAAUCCAAGAUUUUUUCUUGGGGGAACGACGACAAAGGCUGUCUAGGCCAGUCAUUCGACAUGCCGAACUUGCCUGGUCAGAGAAGACCGGUAAUGAGAAGGUCGAGGCAUAUCAGUUGCCCGGGCGAGAUGGAAGGCACUGAGCAGCUGGGGAUUAUAUCAGACAUGCAGUGCGGAGGUUGGAGCACAUCGUUGCUUACGAGCAAAGGCGCACUCUACACUUGUGGUGUGCUUGAUGGGCUGCAGUUCAAUCAGCGUAGGCCGCCAUAUAUGCAACAGCCCAAGAGGCAGCCCACGGCGCUACGAUUUCCGUCAGGCAUGCCGCAACCGAAAGACAGAUACGAUCCCGUGACAGCCAUCAAGCAAUUCUCUUCAGGGAGAUCACACGUCCUAGCAUUGAGCGACACUGGUAGGAUUUGGAGCUGGCAGGACAUUGAGCUUCCAGGGAUGCACGUGAAAUUCGUCCACCACAGCCUCACAGAAGACGGACGAGAACGUGGAACUGGGGUUGUCAAAAAAGUUGUUGCUGGCUGGAACAAGAGCGUUGCAUUGAUAGAAGGCAGUGGUAUUGUUGUGUGGGAGCCACUCCAGUUGAGCCCUGAGGAGUGCGAUACUUCAGAUGCGGCUCUUGUCUUGGAGAGUACAGUCGUUCCCAGAACAAGAUAUGUCGAGUCCCAGAAUCGCAAGACAGCCGAAGGUAGUUCUGAGGGAGAAGACGUGGGUGAGGUACAGAGCUUUAUCGUGCUGGAGGACUCGAUCUUGUUCAAUACCUCGCUCGGCAAGGUCUUUGCGGCUCUCAUCACCUGGACAGACACAGCACAAACAGUCAGCGAUCCCGUAGAGCUUUCAAUACCAGCCGGAGGAGAAGCUAACGCGGAGGCAUCGUUCGUGACUGAUAUUCAGGGAUCUUUCCGUAACUUUGCGGUUUUUACGAAGGCUGGCGAUGUCCUGACGAGCGAGCAAGACCGCGUCAUGCCGCUCCUCACCAACCAGCACACAAACCGCAGGCUAUUCACGCGGAUCCCAGCGUUGCAGAACAAGCAGGUCAUAUCUCUGGCGUUCGGAGACUAUCACUUCCAUGCACUACAUUCCACAGGAGAAAUCACCAGCUAUGGGUACGAGCCUCAAAGCUGCGGUGCUCUAGGCCUAGGUGGCCAUGGUGUCCCGGAGGGCCGUCUGCGUGGCAUCCGCAAUCGUGGCAUCGGCGGAGACGGCCACCUCGUACCUCACGCCUAUACUGAAGGACGAAGAGUAUGGUUCGAGAAGGAGAAACAGGAAUGGAUCAGUUUCAUCACAUCAGGAGGCGCUGAUCCACAGGAGGGUGCUGCAAGAGUGAGAAUGGCGAUUGGCAGUCCUGGGCCGAACGCUCAGGGUGAGGUUAGCGAAUGGAUCGAGCAGGAAGGUCGCGACUGGGAAGGGAAGUUCGGAAUCAGGGGCCAAGGCGAGGAAGACGAUGGACUGGGUGCCUACUUCGCUCUUAGUGUGAGCGCUGCCGGCUGGCACAGCGGUGCUCUCGUCCUGGUCAACGAGGACAUGGCCGAGAAGUUGAGGAAGGCCGUCGAAGUGCCUGAACAUCCGCCCGGCGAGGAGCCACAAGAAGAUGUCGCGUCGUCUGCACAACCCAGCUACGAAUCGAGCCGGGCAACACCCUCUACCAGCGACACCGCCCCCUCUAACGAGACCAUCCUCGACCGCGCCGCAGACUGGGGCCGCUACUUCCUGGGCCUCGCACCUUACAACGUUAACGAUGCAGCCUAUGACCCCAACGCAGCCCAUCUACGGACCAACACCACUGCUCGCAAUCAACCAGGCCCUUCAAAUCGGCACAACCCCCAAUCUCAGAACUUUGGCGCUUCGCCAAGGCCUGGAUACAAGUAUAUCUGGGCGGACGACCAUUUUCCGCGGCUGAGGCUUAGUGAUGGCACGGAGAUGCCUGGAGAGGUGCCGUUUCAUGAGUGGAGGUAUGGACGGCCGGAGUGGAAUUUGGCGUGGGAGGAUGGGGAGUGA